CCUCUACACUCGUUUACUCUCCCUCCACCUUUCGCUGCCCGCCGUCUCGAGGCAACACACGCCGCAACCACCCGCCAGCUCUCAACAUAUCCCCAACAUACUCUGCUCUUUGCCAUCAUCCACCAUGGCCUCCCUCUUUCGCAAGAAAGACAAGCCCCCCAAGACCGCACACACCCUCCCAGCCACCCCCUCUGCCGACCGCCCCUCCGCCGACUCGCAGCCUGGCAAUGCGCCCAAAAAGGGUGGAAAGCAAGUAACUUUUGAUGAAUUCGGCGCGUCGAACGAUCGCACUGGUGCGAGAACACUCCCCGCCCGUCAAGUCCAUCUCCUCACUCCCCCCUCCUCGCCCCCCUCGUCCCCUGCUCCUUUACUACCGCCCAAGUACUCGUUCUGUCCCACCUUCAUCCCACCCAAUACCACAUCCGACAAUUCCAUCGACUCGUUCUCAUACUCGGCGGAAGGGAUCCAGAAGAACGGGGGAGAGUUUGCGCGACAGUAUGGCUUUUUGAAUGGGAUUGGAAGGGGCAUAUCGCUCAGCUUGGGAGACGUUGGCCGGGUCAUCAAGGUCGUUGGAGAGGAGCUCGAGAGCAGGGCUCUCGCGACUCCCAUGUUGUUCUCAAACCAGGCCCUCGAGCUGUCACAAACCCGGACAAAGAUGUUGAUACAUUCUUUCAUGGAUACCAUUUCCACGUCCGGCCGGCAAUCUCACUCCAAGCUCGAGUCGUUCCUCCAAGACAUCAAGUUUGCCAAAGAACACGAGCUUGCCUGGCUGUUCCGCUGGGCGCUCAGCAGGAUCACGCGUGUCAAGGAGGGUGCCAGGGUCAUAUGCCACGGCGUGAUGGAGUGGGAAGCGUACGAAGAGUGGCGUGGCCGCGAACGAGUGGCGGGCUACCCAGCAGACACAUUCCCAUACAUGAAGCAGCUCGUCCCUCCCGACGUCUACACCCUCAUCCUCUCCCCCCUCUUCCACCUCCUUUCCCGCUUCGCCGCCCACUCCCACCUCUCCGGCCUCACCCCUCACGCCCUCUCAUCCCUCUUCGCCCCUCUUUUAUUCGACAUCCCCACCUCCAUCCCCGCCCUCGCCUCCCACACCAUAUUCGUCCGAUCCGCCUGCGCUACAGAGCAUCUCCUCCUCGCCUACAUCCGCUCCAGCAGCAAAACAACCUCCGUCCUCACCGACUUGCCAUCGAGGCUUAAAGAAUGGGUCCACAAGUACCCCGCCAUGCUCGCCUCCGACGCCGAGCUCGCCCGGGGUUCGCCGCGCAAAGGCGCACGUAUCGUCCGCUGCGAUCGCGCCUCCCGCACCGUCCGAGCAUACACCCUCGACCUCGUAUCCACCGUUGAAGGCUGGGCGAACGAGCUGCCGCCUGGGGAAAAGUGGGAAGCCUGGGAUCGCGUCGUAUGGAAAGCCCGCCGUGGGAAUACGGCGAGGCCCCAGCCGACCUCAAGUUGGAAGCGACGGAUGGCUGUCAAAACGUUACCUCCGCCCCCACACACCGACCAGCCGCCGUCGGCAUACGGUCUCGCCAGGCCCACUUCGAAUGCUUCCAUGCUCUCCCUCGCGUCCACCCUCGGGCCCCUCGGCAAGCCGAAAGAUGAAGAGGAAGAAGCGCGUUAUGGCAGUCUAGCGGGCAAGGAGUGGACGCUUUUCGAAGAGGGCGGUUUCGAUUCGGGUAGUACGCGACGAAAGGACGAUUUCGGGCGCAAACUGCAAUUCGACUUGAACGAGAGUGCAAAGAUCAGUAUCUCGGAACGCCGCCGAACGAUGGACUGGUCCGAAUUCGCCUCCGACUCGGGCGGCUUCACCCGCACCGACCCCCUCCUCUCCUCCACCCUCUCCUUCGCACCCCCCAUCUCCUCCUCCAUCGCCCAAUGGCCCAAGGACAAAGAACAACUUUCCAAACGCCUGCACAAGGCCGAAAAACAGUCGACACCUUUCAACUAUGAUACCACCCCCCAAGUCGGCGGGAGGGUCUAUGUGGAGGAGGCGUGGGUGGAUGUGUGGUGUGAUUUGAUGGUUGGCGGAGGGUGGAUGGAGAGGGAGGAGAGGACGUUUAGGGAGGCGAAUUGGGUCAUUAUGGAGUACAAGGCCCGGCCUUCCAAGGGGCCUACGGUGCCGGAUCCCAUGAGCGACCCGCGUACUUCGUCUGUUUAUAUACUCUUCGAAGAGCGAGUGCCACUUGAGUACCAACAUGCCCUCGCCGACCCCAAACAAAAGAAAUCCUUCGGCCUCUUCUCCCCCAAAACCAAAAAACGCCAACCCCCCACCCCAAACUCCACCCCGCAAUCCCGCAUCCCCUCCUCCUACUCUGCCCCCAACUCUCUCUCCUCACUGUCCUACGGCGGAUCCCGCCGCGGCCAGGACGAUUUUGACAAGAUGCUUUCAAGAGGCGGGGGGACAAAGAAGGUCAGCUUGAACAGACCGCAAGAGAGUACGGUCUGGCACCAGUCUACGGCGCCUCCGCCCGUCGCUGUCGCUGGCGAGGACAACGCUUCGCCCAUCAAGUCGCCUUUCAAGAUGCACCGAACCCGCAGCGCCGAGAAGGACGACCGAUCCAACUUUUUCUCGUCCAAGAAGGGUCUUCGCCGUGAAAAGUCGUCUUCCGAUCUCAAAAAGACCUCGCCCUCUGGUUCUUCCGACAAGAUACCGUCGCCGUCAAAGAAGGAGCGAGAGAGGCAGAAGGAGCAGAAUGUGGAUUUCGAGGUGAAUAGUGCGAGCGGGUUGAGUAGUGUUGAGACGAGUCCAAAACAGGAAGAUGACAAGUGGAUGGAUAUACUCGUCUCUGCCCCCGGUCGACUUAGGGCCCAAGACUACCCCGCCCCCGUCCUCAAACGAUCCGCCAGCGGCCUACCCGCCUCUCCCCACCCUCCCUUCUCCCGCGAUCCCACAGCACCCCCCUCCGGCCACACGCACCUCCCCACCCCCGAAGACGACGAUAUCGUCACCCCCCGCGCUUCCCAGUCCGACCCCUACCCCGAAGGCGGCGCCGAAGAGCAAGGCGUAGAGCGUCAGAGGUCGAUCAAGAGGAAGGCGGUGCCGCAAGAGUAUGCGUACGAGGGGAGCGAUGUGGGAGGGUUCGAGCCCGUCACGCCUGGGGCGGAGGACUAUCCCCCGCCUUCCCCGACGGCGGAGCUCGACGAGAAGGAGAUGGAGAUUCAUGCACCGACGCCGAGGCGGGAUAGGGAUACGAUCCACGGUAUCGUCGCCCAAUACUCGUCCUCCUCUUCCCCCACGCCUUCCCACCCUCCUCCUUUACCGAGAGACGACGCGCCCCGCGAUUCUGAAGACUUUACCGCCACCUCCGAUGCUGCCCUUGGCCGACGCGACUCUGGCAAGUUUUCCGACGCUACGGGGGAGGAGGAGGCGUUGGAGCCUGUUGUGGGGGAUGAUUUGAAGCCGCCAGAGAAGGGCGUGUUGUUUGAUUUGACGCCGGGGAGGGAGCCGAGUCCGGCGAGGUAUAGGCAUGGAGAGCCAUUGCAUUUUGUUGGGGAAGAGCCAGAGCUCGAAGAAGACACCUACUGAUCAUACGACCUUAUAAUUCCCUAUCCUUUACGACGACCCGAUACCCCCGACUUUUUAUCAAAUCAUACCCAUCUUCUUCUAUACCCUCACGAACACUUUGUCUUCUGGCGUGAUUCGACGACGCGGGCGUUUGCUAUCCGAGAUAUCUUUGACUUGGGUGACGAGUAAUCUUAUAUUGUGGAUGCUACGUGUUACUCUAUCAGGAAAGUUCUGCAGCUCCCAUAAAGAGCCGGCAUUUGGAAGCGCACUUACAUGGGAAAUCAUAAGUGCUUGUUAGG